UUAACCAAACUUCUACCUUUCCUGAUUAGACCAUCUUCCAGAUAAAAAAAAUUAUAAAUGUAAACUAACAUACAGCAUAAAUAGAUCUUUAUAAAGUAUUGAGUAGAAAUAAAAUCCCAUCAUGCUUUGAGUUAGAACUACGAAUAAAUACUUUAGUUAAUAGGAAUCUUUCUUUCUUUUUUGUUUUAUUUUGUCUUUUGUAUUUGUCCUAAUUAUGACAUUAUUACCUUAAGAAUCUCACAUAAACUUUGUAUAUAAUUUAAGAUCAUAACUUAAUCUGUUUCAGAUUAAGUAGAAAAGAAGGCUGUGUGAAAGUGUGUGUUAAGGACACUGAUACCUGUGUAAUGUGGUAACUCUGUAACUGGAGUCAAUGUUAGCAAGCAAGUGGCUUCUGAUCAAAGUCCAACAGCACAAGUCUGCAAGGUAUAUGAGGAAGUGACAGAGAACACUCUCCAGGUUGAAAAGCAAUGCAGAGAAUAACUCUGGUGCUGGGUAUGAUGCUGGUGUCUGCAGUGUCUGCUGCAGGGCAGCCUGGUUUCUUAGAGUCCAUCAUGCUGUCCAUCCAGCAGCGUCCCUGGCUCAUGGGUGUCUACGUCUUCGUCGUUGGACUUCCCCUCGUUCUCUUCGUCAGCUUCGUGUGCCCUGACAAGAGGUUCGGCCCACCAGACCAACCGUAUUACUACAAGAAAACGGAUGAUGUCCAACCAGACGACCUUGAGGUCUCCCCACGGAGAAAAUCGGCAAAAACCAAAAGAUCCCAGAUCAGUGAACAGAGCUCCGCAGAGGAAACAACAUCAACUCACAAGAGAUUGCUGAGCAAGCAGUAAUACUCUCAGUGUGACUAACCUUACUGUUAUUAUAAAACUGCUGGAGCGAUGCAGUCAGGACUCAGUCAUAUAUAUCUGGAACUUCUGACUGUGAUGUGGACAAAUCAGAAGCAGCUCUGAUCCUCUGAUACUGAUUCCCAAAGGAUGUGAAUAGAUCUGCAACUUACAUUUAUUUUAGUAAUUGAUUAAACUGUUGAUUGUUCUGAUGAUUAGCUGGUUAUUCUGACG